UUGUUAGAGAAGUCUUGGGUACGUAGAACGGAAUCGCCGGUCCUUAGCUAGCUCGCAUGCUUCACUCCAGUUUCCAACCUCUCGCGACCUGCCACCCGGCUAACUUAAUCCCACUCGCUGAACACAUGACCGAUCAUUGACUUGCUCCAUCUGAUUCCUUCUGCUCGAUCGAUUGAUUUCCGUGCGCCAACACCACGUGCUCCCUUCCUCUUCCUUCGCAUCGACAACGAUUAAUCCAAGCUAUAGUUUAAACCGAGAUCGAGACGGGGAUUAUUAUUUACUCAAGGUCAGCUCCCACACCGACGCCGGGAGCUCGGGGCGUGCACAUGGCUGCUGCGCGCUUGCUUGCCGUUGCACUCUCGCUCGGCCUCCUCCUCCUCGGCAGCGGCGGCGGCGGCUUCUUCGUGUCCGGCGCCGAGGAGCUGAGGAACACCUCCUCCUCGUCUUCCUCUCCACAGCUGUCCACCGUUCUGGCCACGGAGAGCAAGGCAGAAAGUGCCGGUGCGAGGUGGCCAAGCGUGGAGCAGGAACUCGAAGCCGCGCGAGCUGCGAUACGGCGUGCCGCACGGCGGCGCCAUGGAGAUGGCAGCAACGUCAGCUCGGCGGCGCCGGAGUGGUUCACCCGCGACGAUGUGGACUAUGCUCUCCUGGCGAGGGUUUACCGCAACCCAGCAGCCUUCUACCGGAGCUACGUGGAGAUGGAGAGGCGUUUCAAGGUGUACGUGUACGCGGAAGGGGAGCCGCCAAUCCUGCACGCGGGGCCCUGCAAGGACAUCUACACCAUCGAGGGCCGCUUCAUCGAGCAGCUCGAGCUCAUCACCGGCGGCGUCCGGACGUGGGAACCCGCCCGCGCACACGCCUUCUUCCUCCCCUUCAGCGUCGCCAAGAUGGUGAAGUUCGCCUACCGCCCAAAAUCCAACGACAAAACCCCGCUCCUCUCCAUCGUCGCCGACUACGUCAGCGUCGUCGCCUCCCGCCACCCCUUCUGGAACCGCUCCGCCGGCGCCGACCACUUCAUGCUCUCCUGCCACGACUGGGGUCCUGAGGCAUCCAGGGGGGACCCGGAGCUGUACGCCAACGGCAUCCGCGCGCUCUGCAACGCCAAUACGUCGGAGGGGUUCCGGCCGGGGAAGGACGUGAGCAUCCCGGAGAUCAACCUCUACACCGGCGACACGCCGCGGCAGCUCCUAGAGCCCGCGCCGGGGUUGUCCUCGCGGCCUUUCCUGGCAUUCUUCGCGGGCGGGCGGCACGGCCACGUCCGCGACUUCCUGCUCCAACACUGGAAGGGCCGCGACCCGGACACCUUCCCAGUGUACGAGUACGACCUCCCCUCCACCACCGGCAACGGCACCACCGGCAAGCGCAACACCGGCAAGGGCGCCCGCGGGCCCGACAGGCAGCGCGACUACUUCUCCUACAUGCACCGCGCGCGCUUCUGCCUGUGCCCGAGCGGGCACGAGGUGGCGAGUCCGCGCGUGGUGGAGGCCAUCCACGCCGGCUGCGUCCCCGUGCUGGUGUCGGACGGGUACGCCCCGCCCUUCGCCGACGUGCUCCGGUGGGAAGCGUUCUCUGUGUCUGUGCCGGUCGCCGACAUCCCGAGGCUCAAGGAGAUUUUGGAGAGGAUACCGACGGCGGAGGUGGAGCGGCUCCUGGAUGGGGUUCGACUGGUGAAGCAGCACUUCACGCUGCGCCAGCCGCCGGAGAGGCUCGACAUGUUCCACAUGAUCCUGCACUCCGUCUGGCUCAGGAGGCUCAACUUCAGACUGAACCAGUAGCCAUUUCAGGUCACAGCUGAAAAGAAGGGAGAGGAUGCGAUCUCAACUCACAAGCCGAUCCAUCGAACCAUCAGAGCUCAUUUUUUUACAGGAUACUUGCGAAGAUUGAAUUACACAAGCAACGGGCAAAGCUGCAGAACAGAACACUUCAGCUGGGGUCUGGAGAAAAAUGCAGUGCAAGAAGGUCAGACAAACAAGCUGACAAAUCAUCAAUCUGGGUGUCGCAAGCUGAGCAAAUUAACAGAACCCCAGAAGGGAAAGGCCAAUGAGUUCCUAACAGAAGAGUACAUGUUGAAGCAUGAAGCUACAAGAUCAAACAUAUGAUAUACAUUUUAUUCCUUUAGGGAAAGGCUAUAAACGUUUGUCAUAUUUCUUGA